AGAGGAACGCUUACUAGUGAAGGUACCCACUGGCCCCUCAAACGAGGGGGCGCCCACAUUUUCUUCCUUCCUAACGCCGUGUCUGAGCCCACACCAAUAGUGGUCCAUCGAUGGAAAUGCAGUGCACGUUCGCCCCCACUGCAAGAGCACGAGGCAGUUGUCAGCAAUGUUCUUGAGAUUUCGACCAUCACUGGCCAUGAAUUAGAAUUCGACGCUGAAGCGAAGUUAGUUCUCUCUCACAGUGCUCCUUGUUUACAGGGCUACGAACUGGUGAUUAAGAAGCUGAUCGACCAGGAAAGCAAUGAAUGGGAAGAAGUGGAUGGAACUGAGGACUUGCGGUGCUGGCAAGGUUUUCAAACAUUUGCUCUUUGAAUAGUAGAAUGAUAAAACAGCCAACAUUUCCCCCGCGAAACAAUGUCUGAAGAACGACUGCAGAAAUUUCAUACUGAUGACGUGUCGCUACCCAGAUCUUUUAUCAUUGAUUUAAUAAUAAUUAAUAAAUGAUAAUGAUAAACACUGGCACUAUAUUCAUAUGUCGUUUGUUUUUCAUAUAUCUUGUUUACAGACAUCGAAGAUGACUUCCCUUCUCACCAUGACACCUCAGACUUUUCCUUUCCUAUUGCUCAAGCUGACAUAACUGAGUGCUCAACAUACGCAGUUGUUUGUCGUCUCAAGCCUUCUCCAACGUACACCAUCACAUCUAGAGGUGGCUCAUUCAGUCACCCAGACUAUCCAGGGGUGAAUAUAGAAGUCCCCAAGAAGGCUGUUCCUCCCAAAGGAAAGUUUGCUUUGGAAUUUAAGGUAAGCAGAUUGUCAGUCGAUUAGAUAUUGAUCUCGCUCCUGGUAAGGAAAUGUUUGUGUUGUUUGGUGUCACGAUGAUAUGCAGACUUAUGCGUGAGGAGUUUUCGAAUUCUCCAGGCUCAACAAAAAUGCUAGAAUACAGAGUACCUUUUUCUGAUCCUUUAGAUGCAAAAAUUAUUAUUUCUGCUUGACUGACACAAAGCAAUCUGGUUUUUACUAGUUUUACAGUUUAGAUGUGGCGUAAGGACAACUCUAGCCAAAUUUUCAGAAAUCAACAUGAACAUGCGAUUUAAGUUCAUGUAGUUCUGCCAUUUUUAUUACUUCAGGUGCAAGAAGUUCCAAGUGAAGAAUUUGAAGGGCAGGACUUGUUUCUUAGCCCUAUACUGCGUAUAAUCUGCAAUCAAUUUGACGAGUUCUUGAAGCCCGUCACAAUACAGUUGCCGGUGUCUCUACGAAGCGACCAGAAAGAAACUCCUGACCCCUCGACGUGUCGUGGCAGAGUAUUGUUCUUUAAUUCUGAUGGCGAAGAUAAAAAAUCGAUGGAAAUCACAGAUGACCUUAGAAGUCCUGUAAAUUUUGACGGCAAAUUUGUUUCGUUCCAGGUUGAACGCUUCUCUAGGUGAGAGGAAAUUCAUAUAUUGUUUUUCUCAUUUGAAAUGAAAAAUAUUUCUUGUGAACUGAUCAUGAACUUAUAUUUAAAUGUUAUAUGCAAGUUUCAAUGUUAAGGCUUUUAAACGUUCGUGGAUUCGCGACGAGCGUUAUAUUGCUCUUCGAACCUCUAUACCUUUAAAGGUUCUUUGUUUUUGUUUGUUUGUUUCUUUCUUUGCAUGUAGAUAUAUUACCUUCAUAGUGUAGUUAAUGUUUAUUUGCGCUUUUGUAGUGUAAAGAAGGCCAUUUUAACUGGGUCAAUAAUAAUAACGUCUUGCUGUAGUUAAAUCUUGUAAUGCAUUACGUCAUAAUGUGUGAAUGACCGUCAUAUUAUUCCCAUAAUUCCACGGGGUAUAUUUUUUUCCUUGGUGUCAACAGGUAUCUUAACCAGUGUAGUCAUUACGUAAUUUUGGUUAUUGUCUUGUCUUUAGAUACGCUUGCGGUUUUGUAUGGAGCAAAGCGGACUUCAGCUUUUCCGGACUAAUUAGUUACAUGUCAAGCCUUAUUUGGACUCCUCCAAUUCCAGCAGUUUUAUUCGCUUACUUCGAGAAACAGGAUCGUGCCCAUUCUCAAGAUGUUCUCCAUCUUAUUUGCUGUCCGGCUCACUUGAGAGAAGGAAUAAUACAAAGGCUGGACAAAAGAAACGUGGUUCUGAGUGAGGGAUAUUCACGGAAGAAGAUGAUACCUGGGCGUGACAAAGCAUUUGUAUUUGUGUCUGGAGGGAUUAGUGCACUUGAUGAAGAAAACGUGGACGAUUUUCACCUGAAGUAAGUUACAUGACGCAGUUUCUCACCAGGCAUCUUUUCUUGCAACUUGUCACCCAAUCGUGUCAAAAUAAGUUGGUUUAAGAGUUAGAACAUGUAACGUCUCAGGGUUGUUGCCUUGUUCCCUAGCAACAACAUCAAGGUUCAAGGAUCGGGUUCUAGCCAUUUUUAAACAGACUUUUGUUUUGGUUCCUACAGAGAAAAACACGACCAAAAGCAUUAAAGUGUUUGGUUUUUGAAAAAGUUAAGCAUAGAUAUUAAGUAAAUUUACACUUGUUUCACAAAUCUGAAUUCUUUAAUAAAAUUUGAUAAGUAUGACAUAGUAGGCGCCACUGAUCAAAGCAAGAAUUAGAUGGGAGAUGGGGGGCUCAGCAUUCUCAACUUGUUCCACUGUAGGGUGUGAAUUAUCUUUUAUAUUCAUAUGUUUUUAGGUUUGAAAGUGACCUCUGCUACAGCUGUCAUCUGCAAGUUCGUUUGAUAAGCGACCAAGUUCUAUCCCAUGUGGAAUUUCGCAGCAGCCCGGAUCCUACAGCGAGAAACCUUCUGUCUAGACUAGACUUUAGGUUGUCUCCAUUGAAAGUUGAUCGCACGGUAAGUCCCACCAACAGGCAUUAGCGCAAAUCACGGGUUUUGUUACUAUGACAACUCAUAUGGUACUUCUCUGUUUGCGGCAGUUGCAGUUGACUGAGGAUUAGAGCAAUCUCUUUCCCAGGGUCCUCUCCUACUGAAUCGGUCUCCUGAGUGCUACGAGGACCCUGGGAACGAGGAUAAGAUUAGAGCUUAUCCGUGGACCUCGAAGAACUCAGUUCAGAAGCAUUUCUUUAUUGUUGCCUUUAACACUUUGACAGUUUAGAACUCAAGUAAACCUCAAUAAUUAGCCUACGUGGCCAGGCGCUGGUUAGUACACACAAUGUUUCUCCUUUCGCCCAAAAUAAUCCGGCGCUUUCUACGCACGCUACUCAAAUCUUUUCUGACUAGGCUAAAGGAAUGCUGAUUCUUAAAGUUAGGUUUCUCAAAUCAUAUCUACACAGACUCGUUCGUGUACCUGCUGAUAUACUAUUGUUCUAUAUCGCGUGAAAACAGUCAUAUUAAUCCUCCGUGAAAUUGGUGUACGAAAAGAGCUGUCUAUCAAAGUAACUAGUUUUGAGACCAGAACACGAUCACUUUGACACUUAUUUCUCAACGUGUUGGGUAAUAAGCACACUAUUGUAUCGUGAAUGCUGUUAACAGAAGAUUUCCUCAUGUUUCGGCCAUUCUGCAUCCUUUUCUUUACAGAAAACUCCAGUAGAAUUUUUUGGCGUGCCUUUGAAUGACGCACACUUACUGGAUGCUGACGUGGGAUAUGUUCUGGCAGCGUGUCGAGGUUUUGUAUCAGAUGAAUUAUAUCAAGGACAUUUUACCCGCUUAACGUCUGGAAAUCAAGCACCUACCCAAGUAUUGAAGAGUUUCUUCGAGAAUUUAGCAGAACUCGACUGUGAACACCAAGAUAGCUGUUUUGAAGCCAUUGUGAGAGUGCAUAAGGAGAUGAACGGAGAAGGAUCUGUGCAUGUAGUUAAACGUCUUCUGGAAGGUAGAGUUUGCUAGACUGAAAUUAUAUGCUUAAGUAAAAGGGACAUUACCAAAAAGGGGGACGGGGAUAGAUGACAAGAAGGGGGAACAUGGAAAAUGGGACAAUCGGUCUUAAAACCUCAGGCCUAUCAAAAAUCCUAGAACCUGCUUAGUCCCCAAGAUCCAUUUCCCCUUGUCCGUUCCCUGUUCCUUGUCAAUUAAAGUAAUUAACAUAUAAAGUAUAUACAGUGGAACCCCACUCCGCGGGGGUCCGCUUGAUGCGGAAAGCCGUGUAUCAGGGACAGUUUUGUUUGUCCCGAAGAAAAGCUAAUAUAUUUUCUUUAAAGAUACUCCACUUAAUGCUAAUCUGGCACUUAAUGCUAAUCUGGCAAAAAUAACUUGGCAGAUAACUACCGUCCAAUUUCAUUGACUAGCGUCGUUGUGAAAACUUUAGAGCGCUUGAUCCACAAGCACAUUAUGAAGUAUCUGACUGACUUCCAACUGCUUAACGACAAUCAGCAUGGAUUUAGACCGUCAAGAUCUUGUGUUACCCAGCUACUGCAAUUAGUACAUGAGUGGUUUCAGGCCUUGGAUAAACUUGGAUCAGUCGAUGCAGUGUUUUUGGACUUUGCCAAGGCUUUCGAUAAAGUCUCCCAUGCCCAUCUCCUCUACAAGUUGGAAUGCUAUGGUAUCAAAGGCCAGAUUUUAAAUUGGUUAAGGGAUUUUCUCACGUCAAGGAAACAGCGUGUAGUGAUUGAGGGUCAAGCAUCUGACUGGUUAAGUGUUACAUCUGGUGUGCCCCAAGGAAGUAUACUUGGGCCUUUGCUGUUCCUUGCAUACAUCAACGAUCUUCCUUACUCAGUAACCUGCAACUCAGAUUUGUUUGCUGACGAUACUGUCCUUCAUCGACACAUAGAAAAUAGAUCGGAUUGCGAUCUACUUCAAGAGGAUUUGACAUCUGCCUCUGAAUGGUGCAAGAGUUGGCUUGUUACUCUUAAGACCGAGAAGUGCGAAGUCCUACACAUUACACGGAAGAAUGAUCCAAUAAGAUGUCAAUAUUCGUUGAAUAACAUCUUACUACCGGAAGUGGACCACCACAAACACCUGGGAGUUUGGUUGGAGUCGUCUUUAUCAUGGGAUUAUCACAUUAACUCAAUUUGUGCUAAAGCUAACAAGGUGUUGGGCUUGAUUAAAAGGACAUUUGGUUAUUCAAACAAGACUGGUAUCAAGACAGCUUUUAAGGCGCUAGUGAUACCUAUCCUCGAGUACGCCUGCCCAGUCUGGAAUCCUUAUCUGGUGAAACACACCAAGGCAAUCGAAGCAAUUCAGAGAAGAGCGUCCCGACUAAUAUGUGGCCCCGACAAAGAAUAUCCUGAAAGACUUUUAGAGUUAAAAUGGGACUCUUUAGAACUGAGACGGAAAUAUCUUAGCCUAGUUCAAACGUAUAAGAUUAUAUUUGGUUACUGUGAUAUCAAUUGCCAUCAUUACUUUGAUAUUAUUGGAAUAACUCGAACUAGAAGUAAGCAUGAGUAUAAAAUAAGGCCUAAAGUUGCCCGUACAAAUUAUUUUAAAUAUUCAUUUUUUCAUAGAUAUAUUAAUGAUUGGAACUCUUUGCCUUCUGAAGUAAUGUCAUCUCCUAGCCUUCAGUCUUUUAAAGUUUCACUGAUUAAGUACCUUCGCUCAUAAUUUACCUUAAAAUAUUAGGCAUAGUGUCUUUAAUAUAAGUUUAUGCAUCAUUAUUAUUAGGCAUCUAGGUUUAUAAUUUAUAGUCUAAUUUAUAGUCUUUUAAUAUAUGUUUAUAUAUUAAUUAAUUUUUUUUUUCUUUUUUUUCUUUUUUCUUUUUUGGAAGGUAUGUCUUAGCAUGGGAAUUUGGUUUCCCCCUACUACCGUCCUGUUAACCAUUUUUGUAUUUUUGUUCGAUUGUAUAUGUUAGUAUUAGUUCAUUUGUAUCAGUUAUGUAUGGUUACGAACUGUGAUUAAAGAUUAAAGAAUGCGGACACCGGUUAAUACGGACAACAUACACUUUUCUGUGUCCCAAGUCGCAUAUACUCUUUUAACGUCAACCUCGCUUUACGGAGGCCUGCGAACUGUCCAGCCUUGUUCUUAGGGUCCUUUCCUAUUCUUAUCGUUCUCCUCUCCUCGUCUCUCGCUCUGGGGGACGAGAAGGAUGCAAACUGUCCAUUUUCCUCGACGCAAUCAUGCGCUAAUACCUCUCAAUCCUUCCUUUUUUGUUUUUGUUUCUUCUUCUUUUUGUAGCACGUAAGAAGGUUAUUGUGCCCUUAGGAGAAGAAACAGAAGUGAUCAAGAGAGUGUCACAAAAAGUGGGAUCCUUGUGGAAGAAACUCGCAAGGGAACUUGAGCUUAAAGAAGGAACAAUUAACAAUAUAUCAGAAGACGAAAAAGAAAGCGAUGACGAGGAACGCUGCUAUGUAACACUCCAAACCUGGUGUCAGCAAAAAGGGGAAGAUGCCACCGUUAGGAAACUCAUGAUCGCACUAACAAGAAUAGGAAAAGCAGAAGUGAACAAUGACAUAAUGGAAUGCUUGGAUCUUUUGAAUCCUGUAAGGGUGUAA